AUGUCGCGGGGGCUGCACACACCCCUGGAAAAGCUAUUCGAACGCCUCCCGCACCUCCGCCGCGAGUUGGAGAACGAUAAUGCGCUUGAUGACAAGCUGUGGCAGCAGCUGGUGGUGCGGCCUGACGUGGCGCUCGCCGCCGGCGGCGCCCUGCGGGGCCUGCCGCUGCUGCGGGUAGUGCACAGCUUGGUGGAGGCCCUGCAGUCGGGCGCCCUGCCCGCGGCGCGGCUGGACGCGACGGCGGCGACGACGGCGCUGCUGCUGCUCCUGGAAAUAUCCGACAGCCUCGGCGGGCUGCUGGCGCGCUUCUUUAGCCACGUGCCAUCGCCAUGGCAGCAGCUGGCGGCCGCCGACCAGCACCAGCAGCAGCAGCCGGAAAGCGCAGACGAGGCCGCCUCCGCGCUCGCGAUCGCUGCUCUGCGCGCUCUUGAGAUAGAGCCACAGCUGGCGUCUGCGUGGCACAUGCCGCUCGUCCUGCAGCUCGUGUCCCACAGCCUCCCCGCCGUCCGCUGGGCCGCGGCGCACGCAGCUGCGCGGCAGCUGCGCAUGGGCCCCGCGGCGCUGUCGCGGCUGCUGGCGCAGCGGCUGACGGAUGAAGAGCUGGUUGGAUGCCAGCGGCGGUGGGACGCGCAAAGGGCUGCGGCUGAGCUUGAAAAGGCGCGCUGGUGGCUGGGGGAGUCCUCAGAAGUCGGGGCCGCGGCGGCGGGCGGCCGCGCCGAGCCCGACGCCCCGGGGACGUCCAAGGCGGCGCGCAAGCGGCAGCGCCGGCGGCAGGCGGAGGAGGAGGAGCAGCAACGGCAGCAGCAGCAGCAGCAGCAGCAACCCGACAGCGGCAGCGGCGGCGGCGGUGGUCCCGCGCUGCCGCCGUCAUCAGGAUUUGUCGAGCUGUGUGGAUUGGAGGUGCCGUCUCGCCGCGCCGCCGCCGGCGCCGCCACGGCGGCCGCCGCCCCUUCAGCCCGCCUCGUCCGAACCGCCGGCGCGGCGGCGGCGCUCGAGGCCGCCGCGCUUGCGCUGUGCCAGCGGCAGCCGCUGCUGCUCGAGGGCCCGCCCGGCUGCGGCAAGACGGAGGUCGCGCGGGAGCUCGUGCGGGCGACGGGCAACGCAGCGUCGGCGUUCUGGCUGCAUCUGGAUGACCAGAUGGACACAAAGUCGCUGCUGGGCGCCUACACCUGCACGCCUGUCCCCGGGGAAUUCGCCUGGCAGCCGGGCCCCCUCGCGCGCGCGGUCGCGGAGGGGCGGUGGGUCGUGAUCGAGGGCCUCGACGCGGCGCCGGCGGACGUCGCGGCGGCGCUCGCGCCGCUGCUCGAGUCUGGGUCGCUGCACGUGCCGAGCCGCGCGCAGGUGCUGCACGCCGCCCCUGGCUUCCAGCUCGUGGCGACCGUCACCACCGCCCCCGCAGCCGGGGGUUCAGACGAGGCGGCGUUCGGCGGCGGCGGGCAGCAGGAUCUGCUCGGAGGCCUCUGGGCGCGGGUGCAGCUGGAGGCGCCAACGGAUGAGGAGCAGCUGCAAAUACUGGGCGGCACGUUCCCUGAGCUGCUGCCGAUCCUGCCCGCAGCACUCGCGGCGGCGCACCUCACGCACCUCGCCGCCGGCCACACGGCGCCGCCCCUGGGCGCCGUCGGCGCAGGCCCCGACGAGGCCGCCGCAGCCGCGGCGGCGGCGCACGCGGCAGCGGCGUGGCGCGCGCAGGCCGCCGCGUGCCUGCGCGGCGCGGGCGUGCGGCCUGGGGAAAUGGCGCUGCAGCUGCAGCGCCGCGCGGGGCUGCGGGACCUCGUAAAGUGGUGCCGCCGCAUGCGCGGCACGCACGCGCCGCUGCUCGCGCGCGCGCUUCGCGCGCCGACUGCGCCACCGGGCGGCGCGGAGGCGGCAGCGGCGGCCGCGCCCUUCGUCCUCGACGCGUCGCAAAUCGACGUCCACGUGCGGGAGGCCGCGUUUGCAGAGGCGGCCGACCUGUUCGCGGGCCAGGUUGCAAAGCCGGAGGCGAAGCUGCGGCUGCUGGGCGCGCUUGGCGCGCUGUGGGCGCUGCCGGCGCAGGCGGCGGAGCAGUACGAGGAGCUGGAGAAACCUCAUGUGUCGCGUCAGGGGGCGGAGGUGCAGGUGCGGGCGCUGGGCUGUUGUGCGCCGCCCUGCACGCUCCGUGUGGAUCCGCGUAAAGUCGGGACGGGCAUGCUGCUGAGCCACGCGGCGCCGCCGCAACCGGAACCGAACACGGCGCGUGGUCGCCCUGGCGGCGGCGCCUGCUAA